AUGGAGAAUAAAAACAAUGUUACUGAAUUCAUCUUCUUGGGACUCUCUCAGGAUGAACAGUUAGAAAAUGUGUGUGUUGUCUUGUUUUUAUUUUUUUAUAUAAGUAUCAUCUUGGGAAACCUCCUCAUUAUUGUGACUAUAAAAAUCAGUGAUCAACUGAAGUCCCCCAUGUAUUUCUUCCUUAGGUACCUGUCCUUUGUAGAUAUCUGCUACUCCUCUGUUACAGCCCCAAAACUGAUUGCUGACUUUCUGGCUGACAGGAAGUCCAUCUCCUUUCAGGGCUGCAUAGUACAGCUAUUUCUGGUUCAUCUCCUCGGAGGCACUGAGAUCUUCAUCCUCACAGUGAUGGCCUAUGAUCGUUAUAUUGCAAUCUGCAAACCUCUCCAUUAUGCAACCAUCAUGAACAAGCAUAGGUGCAGCUGGAUGAUGGUGGCCUCAUGGGCAGGAGGUUUUUUACAUUCCAUUGUACAGACACUCCUGACCACCCAGCUUAACUUCUGUGGACCCAAUGUGAUAGAUCACUUUUUCUGUGAUGUGCACCCUUUACUAAAACUGUCCUGCACUGAUACGUAUGUUGUUGGCAUUAUAGUUGUUGCUAAUAGCGGGAUGAUUUCCCUGAUCAGCUUUAUUGUCUUGGUUGUGUCCUACCUUGUUAUCUUAGUCACCUUGAGGACCCACUCUUCUAAAGGACGUCUCAAAGCCCUUUCCACCUGUGCAUCCCACUUCACUGUAGUUACCAUAUACUUUGGGCCAUGCAUCUUCAUCUAUCUAAGACCAUCCACCACCUUCUCAGAAGAUAAGAUGGUUGCUGUGUUCUACACCAUUUUCACCCCUAUGCUGAACCCACUCAUCUAUACCCUGAGAAAUGAAGAGGUAAAAAAUGCCAUGAGAAAACUCUGGAGUAGAAAAGUGAAUUUGGAAAGGAAAUAA